UUCACAUUUCCUUUUGCGAGGUCGUACAGUACUCACAACACGUAGCCGCCUUGCACGUCAAGGUAGCGCCCAAUCUGUCCACGAUGAUGUCUUCCUCCACAGAUCCCAAAGAUUGGAUGGAGAGUGCCCACCACGACCUAAAGCAAGUCAACGUGUACACCAGUGCCACGCGCAUGGUGCACGGGGACAGUGACCCGUUCACAGUGUACACUGUCAUCGUGUCGUGCGCGUCGACCAAGACGUGGUGGGUCAUUCGGAAACGGUACUCGCACUUCCACGCGCUGCGGCAAGGCCUCGUGCACAAAGUGCGAGCGAUGGCCAAAGCCAAGUCAAACACCCUCGCCGACGUCCACACGUUGCUGCAACCGUUGACGUCGUUUCCAUUCCCCAAAAAGUUCCUCCGCCUCGACACCGAUGCGAUCAUGGGUCAUCGCAAAGCCGCGUUCAAAACCAUAACCACCAUGCUCAUGCAAGCCCGCUCUGCCAUGCUCGUGAUGGCGCGACGCCAAGAGAACAACUCUGCGCUAGUCGGCGAGUUGAAGGACUUGCGCUCAACGCUGGACACGUUCUUGGGCGUCCCCGACCGCCAAGUAGCCGAGGAAGAGCACCGCAUGGCGACCCCUCUCGUCGGUAGUUUUACCUCCAUGGACCUCCUGCAUACACACGACAAUGACUGGUGCGAAGAUGACGGGUGCUCCAUUUGUCUUAUCGCCCUGAAGGACGCCACUGACAAGGCCACGGGGGACCGAGUGCUUCGAAUGGGUUGUGGCCAUGCCUACCACGAGAGUUGCAUCGUGCAAUGGCUGGAAAGGAAACUGUCGUGUCCGUUGUGUCGUCAAGUUGCACAGGACGGCGUGGUUCAUUAGUGGUCGCCGUUCAUCGUCAAGUAAUGUAGUCGUCAAAUGUCCAA